AUGGCUUCAGCAAGUCUCCCCACCAUCCUCCUCCUCUCCAUCUCCGACCACGGCUUCCUCGAGGAGAUGUACGCCUCGCUCUUUGAGCAACUCUCGCAAUCCGCGACCCUCAAAAGCGCAAAGACCGCCUCGGACGCAAUCCAAGCCCUAAACGAGGAAAAUCUAAAAGCCGUAAUGGUCACAGACGAAGGCCUAACGGCACGAGCCAACAAAAAAGUCCUGGACAAACUCAAAAUAUACGUCCAGAACGGGGGGCUCGCUAUCGUCGGCCAGCAUUUUAACUCUUUCACUAGCGGUGACGCAUUCGAUGGGUUCUCUGCCGCUUUUGGUAUCCCCUGGAAGCGUGGGGACUAUUGUCGUACGUCCUUUUAA